GUCAACUUUGAUCUCUAAUAAAAACUUAUCAAUUCAUGGUAAUUGUUAUCCAAGUGAAAAAGGUUAGCAUUGAGAACCUCGAAGUUAACGUAAAUAUUCUCAUAGACAAUGGCUUCCCCUGUGAACGUACCAAAUGAAAAUAAUUCGGUUAGGGAGGAAAUGGUUCAAACAGCUAUCAAGUUUCUAGAAAAUCCUAACGUUGUAAAUACUCCACUUGUUCAAAAACAAAAAUUUCUACAAAGAAAAGGUUUAACUGACAAAGAAAUUCAAUUAGCAUGUGAAAAAUCGGGAACUUAUGUUUUACAUGAUCAACAAAAUCGUCUUCCGCCUCCUCUACCGCAACCUAAUAUGCUUAAUAAUUACCCUUUAUACAGCAAGCCUCUUCAGCUAACUGUCUUUGAUAGAAUAAGAGAAGUUCUGCAUAAUAUUGCAGUUUUUAGCAUUGUUGCAUAUGUAAUACAUAAGUUUUAUGAGCGAUUUAUUGCUCCGUUCCUAUUUGGUAAAAAGAAAAAAUCUAUUGAAGAAUCUAUUGAGGAAUUAGAUAACAAUAUCAAAUCCUCCGUUAGUGAUCUCAAGGAAGAUUUACAUAGUGUUAAAGUUGAAUUGGAUAAAGUUAGUGAUAAUAGUGAUAAUCAGAUGACCAGGCAAUUGUCGGAAUUGAAAUUAGAAAUAGCUAGUGUAAAAGGGCUUCUUUUAGGGAGAAAACAAUUUCCAUCAGUAGCAAACACUCCUGUAAUUCCACCUUCAAUUCCAGCAUGGCAAAUGUCAAGUGUCCCGCCUGAUGGCCAAGACGAUCAUAAAGAAGAGGAAGAAGAAGAGGAAUUAGGAUCUGGUUCUUCUGAACCGGAACACGGGAUGAAAACUAGUGAAUCUAGUUUAGAAAUAAUAUAUUCAUCGAGAGAUUGUGAUUCAGAAUCUUGCCAUAGUAGGAAAAGUAACAAGGAUGAUAUUGAUAAAGACUAAAUAAAAUGAAUAUUCGAAUCAACUCAUGUCAAUAUAAGUUACCUUUCACAUUUAUAUAUUUAUUUUUUAAAUUGAAAACCAAAGUUAAUCUAUUGAGAUUUUGAUAAUUUCUAUUAUUAUUUUUUAAUAUUUGAUUUAAAACUUAUUAAAAGAUUCUUUUACCAGUAUAAAUACUUAUUUAGAUAUUGGGAAUAUUAGAAAAAAAAUAUUUAAUACUUUUGUACACUUAAGGGUUGAUUAAAAUUUAUACAAAUAUCAAUGAA